AUGUCCACCACUUACUUUGACGUCUCCGCAAACGGCCAACCAUUAGGUAGAAUUACCUUCAAGCUUUACUCUGAUGUCCCAAAGACAGCAGAAAACUUCAGAGCUUUAUGUACUGGUGAAAAGGGUUUCGGUUACAAGGACUCCAUCUUCCACAGAGUUAUUCCAGAAUUCAUGUUACAAGGUGGUGAUUUCACCAACUUCAAUGGUACCGGUGGUAAGUCCAUCUACGGUAACAAGUUUGCUGAUGAAAACUUCAUCCACAGACACACCAAGCCAGGUCUUUUAUCCAUGGCUAAUGCAGGUCCAAACACCAACGGUUCUCAAUUCUUCAUUACCACCGUUCCAUGCCCAUGGUUAGAUGGUAAGCACGUUGUUUUCGGUGAAGUCACCGAUGGUUUAGACGUUGUCAAGAAGGUUGAAUCUUUAGGUUCCCCAUCUGGUCAAACCAGAGCAGAAAUCAAGAUCACUGAUUGUGGUGAAUUAUAA